GCGAUAUCAUAGAACCAUUAUUGAGGAAAUCACAUUGUCUUAUUCUUAGUCAUUCCGAAUAUUUGAUUUAAAAAAUUUACAUUUAUUUUUUACUAAAUAUUAAAGAAGAUCUGACAAAAUUUUAUUAUAUUAUUUUAAUGUGAAUCUUUAAGCAAAUAACGAAAGUUCAUUUUUAAGAAAAAUGGGGACUGUUCAUGCAAAGGCAAGAGUCGAUAGAAUACAUGUGGAUGGCCUCAUAAGAACAAAAGAUGACAUAAUAAAAGCCCAAGUAACAGAACUGUUUAAAGCUCAAGAUUUUUAUGAUAUUAUUAUACACGCCUAUAAAGUUAGAGAAAAAUUGCAAGGUUUAGGAUGUUUCGGAAAUAUUGGAAUUUACAUUGAUACCAGUCAUGGUCCUCAUGCUACCCCAGAAGGCGUUGAAGUCACUUUUAUGGUAAAUGAAAUGAGACGCCUAACAGGUGGAAUUAGCACCAUGGUUGGAAAUAAUGAAGGUUCAGUUAUUGUUCAAGCGAAAGCACCAAAUUUAUUUGGAAGAGGAGAACGUCUUCAGAUGGAAUAUUCUUACGGUUCAAAAAGUUCAACUAAUAUAAGCAUAUCUGUUGUUAAACCAUUUAUGGGUAGUUCGCGUCAUAAAAUAUUAACUGGUAGUGUGUUUAAUACAUCAAAUAGGUUUCCAUGGUCUGGUUUUAGUCAAUGCGAUAAAGGUCUUUUAGUAGAUCUUGCUUUUAAUCCAGAUGGAACCGGUAUAUUAAAGCACAAUUUACAGUAUGAAGCCACGUAUAGGGAAAUUAUUUCUUCUAAGCAUAUGUCGUUUCGUGUUCGAGAACAAUGCGGUCCAAAUUUGAAAUCUGCGAUACGGCAUAUUUGUUCCAUCGAUAAACGAGAUUCUUUAAUAUUUCCUACUACUGGAAGUCUCGUGCAAUUUUCGACAGAAGUAGCUGGUUUCGGCGGAGAUAUUGGGUUUGUUAAAAAUGAACUUAUCGUGCAAACUAAUUGGACACCUCAUGAAUACGCAGCAAGUAUUUUUUUUAACUCGAAACUUAUGCUUUUAAAUUUAUCCUCUAUGGGUUUUCAAUCUGGAUUGCUUCGAGAAAUCAGCAACGACAUGAAAAUAAAUAUUGCAGACCAGUUUUUCUUGGGUGGACCAUUGAAUCUUAGAGGAUUCGAUAUGAGAGGUUGUGGGCCUCGCCUCGAUGGAAAUUCUCUUGGCGGCAAUGCAUAUUGGGCACUUGCGCUUCAUUUAUACACACCACUGCCAUUCAGACCCGGUCGCCACAGUUUCGCAAACGAUUAUAAAGAAAAUAUGAAAAUUUUUAAAGAAGAUGUUCGCUGUGCAGUUGGUGGUGGUAUUGCAAUGAAAUUUGGAAAUAUAGCAAGAGUAGAGUUAAACUUAGUUAUGCCUUUAUUAUUUGUCAGGAACGACGUAUUGCAACAAUUUCAAUUCGGUAUUGGUUUGCAGUACUUAUAAAUAGCUUUUCAUGAUAGUAAAUUGUGUACAUCCUAUAUUUAUUUUUACAUGUGUAUUUAAUGUAAAAUAAAUUACAAUCAUAAAUUUAUUAUUAUGAGAAAUACAUUCUAUUGUUAUUAGAAAUAAGUAUCCAACGCGUUUCCAAUAAAAGUUGAUAUUUUCAGAAUUUUUAAAAUAUUUUAUUAUGUUAUAUUAAAUUUUAUU